AUGGAUCUAAACAAUGACACUUUCCUUGUUACCUUUGGAGACGAACAAGAUUAUCUCCGGGCUCUUACCGGGGGACCAUGGGUCAUACUAGACCACUAUCUCAUUGUUCAUCAGUGGUCUCCAAAUUUUCGUACAGAUAGCAAGCCCCACCUUUCAGUGGUAUCGUGGGUUCUAUUUCCAGAACUUCCUGUACACUUCUAUCAUAGAGAGGUUCUCUUUGCUUUGGGUAAUCUGGUCGGCAUAACAGUCAAAAUUGAAUACCAUACAAAAACGCUGCAACGAGGAAAGUUCGCUCGGCUUGUGAUUGAGCUUGACAUGACAAAGCCACUGCCCACUCGAGUCGCCUUGGAUGGAUUUUGGCAACCAAUCGUCUAUGAGAAUCUUCCACACAUCUGUUUUGACUGUGGGCGGAUCGGUCAUUUGGUGGAAUCAUGUCCGAAAACUACUCCUGUCCUACAGCAAGCAAUCAUCCUCCAUCCAAACUCAGACGCAGCUCAAGUGCCGCCGGUGACCGACUCGCCGGGACCUCCCUCGGGAUAUGGCCCGUGGAUGCAAGUGAUUCGUAAAUCUUGUAAACAUUCCAAAAAAGAUGCAGUCAAUCAAGGAAAUCAGCAAACCUUCCUUCAAUAG